CGGCGCUGCAUUUAAGGCCAAGGGCGAGAGAAAGCCAUCAUGAUAAAGAGAACAGCAAAGAUCCAGUGCAGAGAGAGAGAGGGAGAGGGAGACUCCAUGACACUCUGAACAAGAAACAUAGAGAGAGAUCCCAGUCAGUCUCCCCCAAUGCCGGCUACCACCAAGCUGAUCUUGCUCUUCAGAGCAUGGGCGGCAGCGUCGCUCCUGCUGAUUCUGGUGCUUGCCCUCCAUGGGAGGGGAGGCCACUGCGGCGGCCUGAGUUUGGACGCGGAGAUGGAGAUGGACUCCGAGGCGCACCGGCGGCUGCUGUGGGAGGCGACCACCGGCCGGCGUUACAUCAGCUACGACGCGCUGAGGGGCGAUGUGGUGCCGUGCUCCAGGACCGGGGUGCCCUACUACAACUGCAGGAUCUCAACCACCGCCAACCCCUACACCCGGGGCUGCGAGAGCAUCACCAGGUGCAGGGACGCAGGUCCCUAGAUGGAGAUGGGCGAAACUCCUGCCUGCGAGGGGAGGGAGGGCUCCAUCAACUGUAAUAAUGUGUGUUGCUAAUUAUGUAUGUUAUCUCUCUCUCUCUCUCUCUCUCUCUCUCUCUCGUCCUUCCUCCUUUGCUGGAAUAGUAGUAAGUGUAGUAUGGGAGGAUUAAUUGAUGAGUUUCAUGUUUGAGGAUGCCCUUACAUUUCUUUCUAAUCACCUCAAAUCUCUGGAUCCUACUGUGGAGGUGAAUGUGUAUAUAUGUGGCUAUGUGAGAUUGGACUGGAGCUGAACGGAGGAGCCUGUUACAGUUGCA